UGCAGACUAGUUGGUAAGUCUCUGAGGGCUGCGCUGGCAGGACGGCGGACGCCAUGGCAACCGUGACGCGCUUUGAAGGGAUCGAGGAGCCAGAAUCGCUGGAAUCUACUACGACCGCGUCAUUCAAAUUUACAGAAGAGCGUACAAAAAAAUUCAUUAUGAAACGACACGAGCUAAAGGACCUAUUCAAUGCCAAGAGGAAUUCUGGACGACAAGGCUGGGAACGUAUCAUCAGAGAGCUAAAUAUGGUGGGCGCCACACCAGAACAAUGCAGAAAGAAGUGGCUGAACCUGCAGCAGACAUACAAGAAGCUGAAGGACCCACCCACUGGUGCCGGGAGUGAGGAUGGGGAGUUGUCAUGGCCCUAUUACUCAUUAUUAGACAGCAUCAUGAGUGGUCGGGCCAUUAUCACUCCACCAUGCCUAGUCUCCUCAGCUGGUGUGGCGAGUCCAGUGCCACAGGCUGCAGCAACUGAGUCGGAUUCAUCUAACAACACGAGCCCAGAGGCAAGUGAAGAAAGGAGGCCAGUGAAACGCAGGCGCUGUGUCUUUGAUAUGGAGGCAGGCCUCCUGGAGGAAAUGCAGAAGCAGACAGAAAUUAUGGGAAAGUUUUUUAAUUUAUUGUCAGACAAGCUUAUGCAGCAUUAAAGAAAUGUGGA